CUAGAUUUUUCCAAUAGAGAAGAGAAGUCCCGAAACGAGGAAAGGAUGCCUUCUUCGCCUUUGCAGACAAGAGAAAGGCAACGUAAUAGCUCAAGAAGAAGAACACGAAGCAGAAGAAUCCGCACGCGGAGGGGAGGAUAUACACAUUGAAUAUAUAUAUAUAUAUAUCUUGUUCUUGUAGUAGUCUUGGCUGCUGCGUCAAAAUCGUCCGGAGAUCGCGGUUUCGAAACCCUAGAUCAGAUCGAAAUCCUGGGCUGAAGUAUUGAAUUCUGAUACAAUAUGAGUAUUGAUAGCCCUGAAGUAGGUUGAUUUAAUUUAUAUGUGUUUUUUUUUUUGGAAAAGUUGGAUGCUUUCCAUGGGAGAUGGAGGAGUUGCUUGCGUGGCGGCAUCACAGAAUUUUAUGGAGCAUUUUAACUCCUCCGAGCCCUUUUGUGGGAACCACGGAUUUGAAAAAAGUCAGAAUUCCGGGCAGCUACUAGAUGAUGAUCAACAGGUUGCGGGUAACUUGCAGCGGAACAAGAAGGAAGGGAGUAGUAGUGGUGAAUUUCAUUGUGAAAAUGCUAAUAAUAAUGAUGUUGUGGGGAGUAGUAGAGCUAAAAUUCACGUUGUAGAGUUUGGAAAGAGUAAUAGUAGUGAUGUUAUUGUUGGUUCUACUGUGAAUACUGCUAGUACUAGUUAUUCUGAAGAAGUUGUUGCUGUUGAGCAUUUAGAUAGGCCGAAGCGAUCUUCGAGGUGGGAUGUUACACAGGAAAGCAAUGGUUGGGAUUCUAGGAUUAGGGAAAAUGGUGUAGGAGUGGGAUUGCGGAGGCAUGAUGAAAGGCAUAAGGAAGUUGAAUUGGGAUUGGGCCAGGACAAUGUUGGAAGAGAACUUAAUCAUCAUGGUGAGAAGCUUUGUGGGUUGGAUGUUCGAUUGAAGAGUAGGAGAGGGGUUGUUUCAGAUGAUUUGCAUUCACGUUCAGGGCAUUUUGAGUCAUCUUCCUGUAAAAAUUCAAGUGAGAGAUAUUCAGUUGAUAGGUAUCCUGGGCAUUGUAAGUCAAAUUCCUCUUCGAGAAGUCAUUAUGACAGGCAUUCAAGGCAUUUUGAAUUUUCUGCUUCGAGAAUUGUACAUGAAAGGUAUUCUAGUAGGCGGUCUGGAAGUGCAGAUAAGGGUGGUUACUGUGAGCGGAGCUCAUAUGAGAGUAGGAGAUGCCAAUAUGAAGAAAGGAAUGGUUACAAGAAGAGCAGUGCAGAUAAGUAUUAUAACAGAUACAAUAGCAGUCAGGUCUAUGAUGAUAGGAAGUAUCAUCGCAGGGAAGUUGAAUGGAGGGAGAGUCGUCGACAUUCGAACUAUAGACAAUCUCAUAGUGGCUGGGAUCGAGGGGAUGAUGGUAGGCUGUCUGAUGUCAGGCAAUCUCACAGUGGCUGGGGCGAGAGAAAUUUGGAUGAAAACAGGCAAUCUGAUGGAAGGCAAUCUCACAGCAGCUGGAGUGAUCGAGUUUUGGAUGAUAACAGACAUUCUGAUAGCAGACAAUCUCACAGUGGCUGGGAUCAAGUUUUGGAUGAUGGGAAGGGAUGGAAUUCAACGUCAUGGGGGAAUCAUGGGAGGUCAGCAUACUCCAGCCUCGUAAAGGAUUCAAGGUCCUCCAAGGAUGUGGAAGCCCAAUUGAGUGCAUCGCCUGCUCAAACUCCUGCAUCUGAUCGUUCUGUAAGAUUACAUGAUGAAGUACGAAGUGAAGGCAACAAUACACACUUGAGUGAACAAAGUGCUUUGUCAGAACCUCCCAAACAUGAAGAAUCAAUAUGUCGAGGCUGGGUUUAUAUUGAUCACCUUGGAAUAGAACAAGGUCCCUUAAAACUUGCGGAUCUGAGAAUGCUAGUAGACGAUGGACAGCUGCAGUCUGAUCACUUAAUCAAGCGAGAAGGAAGUGAUGAAUGGGUAACACUAGAAAAUGCUGCAUCUCCUAUGCCUCUCGGAAAGCUAUCACUUAUAACAUCAAAGUGUUCUCCACAGACUCAGAGCGAUCCUGUCACUGAAAUUCCAAGUAAUAAAACUGGAGUGGAGGCAAACAACUCAAAAAAUGUACAGGGAAUGCCAAAUUGCGACAGCAUACAUUCAGCUCCGCAGGAUAGUAACACAAAUGUAUGGUUUGAGGACUUUCACAUUGAUGAAAGGAUAGAAAAACUGAUGCAAGGAUUUCCUCUCAUCCCUGGCAGAGAGAAUGAGAUUGUUUCAGAAGCUCUGCGCCAUGCAGCACGACAUGUGAAUCACAGUUUGGAACACAAUGCAGAAUGUGAAGGGUCUCCAGGUCUCAAAGAUGGCUAUGAUAAAUACUGCAAUCGGUGGAGAGAUGCAGAGCUUGGUAGAGGGUCUGAAAAUGAUUCUAAUGUUUCCAAGAUAGCAACAACAUUAGGUGCAACAUUGAAAAAAGAUUUGGACUAUGAUAAAGAUGUUUCUACUGGCACAGGCAUACGGGGUGAAGGCUAUUCUCAUUUUUCUGGCAGAUGGCCAUCUAAAGGUGGUGACUGGAAACGAACUGGUGAAAAUGUAGGUGGUUGUGACAGGCUUUUGAGGAAAAAAGUUCUUAAUGACGGGGUCCCACUCUGUCAUAUAUUGAAGUCUGAAAGAGUGAUGGAUCCACGCAGGUUCCUAAAAGAAGCUUCUUCUUAUGCUACACAAGGUAAAAGGCUAGAGGUGCCUCGUUGGGCUUAUCAGUGGCAAGAAGAGAAGAUUGAUCCAUUCCAGAAGACAGAUGUUGCACUCGAAAUUCACUUGCAAUCAGGUCAGGGAUCAAUCGCAACCCCAAAAGCACACGCUGCUACAUCAAAGUACCAAGUUUGUACUCCUGGUUCUCAAAUUUCAACACCAAGGGGAACUGUGACAUCUCAUUGUGGACAUGAUGUGUUGAAAACUGUAAGGACAAACAAUGGGGAUUUAAGUAAGAUUCUUAUAGGAAACAAAUUAAAUCAGCACGUGUCAUCAGCUACAAAAGUUCCAAAUAUUGGCAAAGCCACAUCUUCCUUUCAGUGUGAAAUGAAAUCUGUACUGAAGAGAAAUACUGCAAUUUUUAAAGAGUCUGGUCCUUCAGCAUGGGAAUUAUCUGCUAAUAAUCAAUACAUGGAACAAAAUUUUGUGAAGGCUGAACGGAUUCCACACCAGCAAUUGCAUUGUAGCAUGCCUGCAGAGGAUGCUAGGGUGUCCCCUUCUAGGGUUCAUGUAUCUGGUCUGCGGCAGGCACCAGAAGCUGAAGUAACUCAGGCGAGUGAAGUAAUUUCUUCGGCAUAUGUUAAAACUGUGAACGAUCUAAAAUUAGAUGAGGGAGAAUGGUUUUAUCGUGAUGGUGCUGGCCAUGAAAAGGGUCCAUUAACAUAUGCACAGCUUCAGAUGCAUGUUUCUGAUGGCAUCCUUCAGAAAAAUAGCAGUGCUUACAGGAAAAGUGAUGAUACAUGGGUUCCAAUUUCCCAUGAGUUUUCUGCAAAUUUAAAUUCUCUGGAGAAGGCCAUAGUUGUAGAUUCCCCAUGCCACCCUCCUGGAACAGCCAGUCCAGCUUGCAAAGAUCCAGAGCAACAUGAGCUUCAAGAUUGCACACCAAACAAUUUUCAUGCCCUUUAUCCCCAGUUUGUGGGAUAUGCACGAGGCAAGUUGCAUGAACAUGUUAUGAAGUCUUACAGAAGUAGGGACUUUGCAGCAGCUAUUGGGGAAGUGUUGGAUGCCUGGUUAAACCCAAAACAAUCAAAAAAUUCCAAGGAUGAACGCACUUCAAGCAUUUCAAUAUCACGACAUUCAUCAGUGAUUGAUAGCUUAGGUAAUAAGGACAAUGGUUUCAACUUGCAUAACUCAGAAGGAAAGCUGGAUAGGAAUAAAAGCACAAGUACUUCUCAACAUAACAAUAGUCACAAUUUUUCACGUUCAGGCUUAUAUUUGUUGGAAUCUGAAAAAGUUAGCAGCCAUAGCAGAUUUGAAAUUGAAUUGGCCGAUAGUCACAGUCAUGGUAAAAAUCAGGAUACUUGCAAAAGGCGUCGGUUGCAAGUUAUUCAAGAAAGUGACAAGAGAAAUGUUGCCAGAAGUGAGUUGCAGGAAGAUUUUGAUGUUGAUAAAUCAUGUGGAGAUUUGGAUCAGGAAGCAACUAGUCAUUUUGAAGACAUUAGCAAUACACAAACUAAUGUGCAUGGGAGUAUGAUGGACCGUCGAAUACUUGAGAGGGUUUUCCAUUUCCUUGGAGAUGACUUAAAAUCAAUUUCCUCCUCUGCUGCUACAUGCAAACGUUGGAACACUGUUAUUCGAACUAUGAAGUCAAAGACCAGACGGAUUGACUUUUCUUAUUUGGGUGCCAUCUGCAGUGAUGUGGUGUUUCAAUCAAUUAUGGGGAGCUACAGAGAGGGAAAGAUCAAACAUCUCAUACUCAAAAGCUGCACAAACUUGAGUGCUGAUGCUCUGGCCAAUUUUCUUAAUGGUUGCUCAUCCAUUGUUUCCAUUGACAUAACUGGAUGUAAUCAAUUCAGAGAUGUUGCUCGAAUGUUUUCUAAUGUGAAAUGGCAAAGAUCUCAUGUUCCAGGUCCUAGCAGUAGUGGUGAUCAAAGUGAAGAGACACACUGCAAAGUUAAAAGCCUGAAACAAAUAAAUGACAAAUUUUAUGGAUCAUGCAGAUCUUCUAGGGCUCUGGAUAUCCAUACAUCCGAUGAUUCUGCAGGAAGAGAUAUGGUUAUACCACCAUUGGAAGCAGAUCAAGAAGAACCUAUGGAUGUGGAUGAUUUGCAUGUUGAUAGUAAGAUCACAGUAAGUCCUGUCCGCCAGCGUACACACUUAGCUAAGCGCUUCAAACUAAAUAGCAACGGGAAAUCUGCAAAAAUCCAGAUGGAAGAUGGCAGUUUCAAGGGAGAAUCUUUGGGGAGGUCUUCUACUGGGUAUUCGGUUGGAGGUGAUAAGAUGAUCGAGAGACAUCUAUCUGCUACACUGAAGGACAUAUUGGGUGUGAACACAAACAAUUACUUUCUGCAACGGGCAUUGAAGAUUGAGCAAAGAAUAAAAUCUGGUGGCUACAGUGGACAUAUGCAGGGCAUAUUUUCCUUUGAGAAUGAUGUAUUUCUUCUCUGCAGAAAAGCAUUCCAGGAGCACAAGAAAGGUUCUCAAGAACAUGUUGCAGCAGAGGAGAUAUUCAAAGCAGCUCAUCGUCACAUCAAAAACCUUAAACAUAAGUUUAUAAAAGUUUUUUCUGGUGGUACACAGCAUCACAAGUCUACAAAUGGGAAUGAGAUGAUGCCAAGGUUGGGCAAGGACAAAUCUCAGAGUAACUUGUAUACAAGUUCAAAUGUAAAGAAGAGAUAUGGGAGGGGCAUGGCAAUGGCUGCAAAAAGAAGUAAGCGGAGGAGAGGCAUGUCUAAUAGUGAUUGUAGUGACUUCAUUGAGGAAGAUAUGUCAGACCGUGAAAGGAGGAUUUCAAAACAAAAGAAGAGACACUGGUCAGAUUCAGAGACUGAAACAUCAGAAAGUUCAGGCUUUCUGGAAGAGGAAUUUCUAGAAAAAGAUGACAAGAAUGAUAUUGACGAUUCAGAUUUGGAUAUGAAAUAUGACUCUGAAGGUGAAUAUGGAGGCUUUUAUGAACAAAAGUAUGCAUUAGAAGAUGAGUUGGAGAUUAGUGUACGUGAGUGGGGGGCUAAAAUGACUACAGACAGUCUAGUUCCACCUGUCACCAGAAAGUAUGAGGUUAUUGAUGAGUAUGUUAUAGUGACAGAUGAAGCCGAAGUACACCGAAAAAUGAAGGUUUGUUUACCUGAUGAUUAUGAGAAGAAGCUUAAGGCAGCUCAAGACAACAGAGAUAACAAUUAUGCACAUCUUGAUAUUCCAGAAUUGAAGGAAUUUAGACCAAGGAAACAACUUGGAGUUGAGGUUUUGGAGCAGGAAGUUUAUGGUAUUGAUCCAUACACGCAUAACCUCAUUUUUGAUACAAUGCCAAAAGGAGAGUUUACCUUUGAUGAACGGCACACCAUUAUUGAAGAAGUGCUUCUUCGGGUUUUAAAUGAAAGUGUCAGAGAUUACACAGGCACUGGUAAGACACCCAUGGAAUAUCCUGUACAAGAUGUUGUUCAGAGGAUGAUAGUGCAGGCUGAAAAAUGUGAUGAUGUCCACAAACAGACAUUUUUUCAAGGUCUUUUGAAGACCAUGCAAAGUCGUGAGUCAACUGAGAAAUAUGUUGCUUAUAGGAAGGGGCUUGGAGUUGUUUGCAACAAGGAGGGCGGCUUUGAGAAAGAUGACUUUGUUGUAGAGUUCUUGGGUGAGGUUUAUCCUGCUUGGAGAUGGUAUGAGAAGCAGGAUGGGAUCAGGUCUUUUCAGAAGAAGGAUAAAGAUCCCGCUCCUGAGUUCUAUAAUAUUGUUUUAGAGAGGCCAAAGAGUGAUGGUGCAGGGUAUGAUUUAGUUGUGGUUGAUGCAAUGCACAAAGCUAAUUAUGCCAGCCGCAUUUGUCAUUCUUGUCGACCCAAUUGUGAAGCCAAAGUCACUGCUGUUGAUGGACAAUACCAAAUAGGCCUAUAUACUUUACGACCUAUACAGUAUGGGGAAGAAAUCACAUUUGAUUAUAAUUCCUUAACAGAGAGCAAGGAAGAGUAUGAGGCAUCUGUGUGUUUGUGUGGUACCUAUGGUUGCAGAGGUAGCUACUUAAAUCUUGCUGGGGCAGGGGCCUAUCAAAAGGUCCUGAAGGAGUGCCACAGUAUAUUAAACAGGCAUCACUUGCUCCUGGAAGCUUGUACCAAUUCUGUUUCUCAAGAAGACUUGAAUGAUUUGCGCAAUGCAGGUGUUGGGACUUGUCUGCUGUCGGGAUUACCUGGCUGGGCAAUAGCAUAUUCAGCCCGUGUGGUGAGGUUUAUGAAUCUUGAAAGAAGCAGGCUUCCCGACCAAAUAGUAAAGCAUAUUAGAAAAGAAAAGAGGAAGGCUGGUUUUGAGAUUUCUUAUGAAUGUGAUGAGAGGGGUGAGGCAGAGGUUCAGGCAGAAGGAUUCUACAAUCAAAGGCUUCAUAACCUUGCUAUUACUCUUGAUAAGGCAAGGUACAUAAUAAGGAAUAUUCAUCAAGACCCGAAAAAAGCUCCUCCACCUCUACGAAAGCUCGAUUCUACAGAAUUAGUUUCACUACUUUGGAAGGGUGAGAAUUCGUUGGUUGAGGAGUUACUCCGAUGCAUGGCAAACCAUGUUGAUGUGGAACGGUUGAACCGCUUGAAGCAACAGGUUCAUAUGCGUGAACUAAGUGGUUCCAAGAAUAUAGAAAAAAGUUUACGUGAAUCUUUGUUGUGGUUAAGAGAUGAGUUGCGAAAUAUGCCAUCAUCAUGUAGAUGCCGUCAUGAUGCUGCUGCAGAUUUGAUUCACUUGUAUGCAUAUACGAAAUGCUUCUUUAAAAGUCUUGAUUAUGGCCCUUUAGUAUCUCCGCCUCUGUAUAUCAGCCCCCUUGAUCUGGGUCCCAAGUAUGCAGACAGCUUGGGAGCAGGGUUUCAAGAAUGGCAAAAAACAUACAGCAAGGACUAUGCACUAGGUCAGUUGAUAUAUUGGUUCAAGCAGACUUCUUCGGACCCUGGUGCUAGCCUAAAUAAAGCACGGAGAGGUUGCUUAGUUCUACCGGAAAUCUCAUCAUGCUAUGCCAAGACCCACAAACAAGAAUUAUCCCAAGAUUAUGGCUCUAAACAGCGUGCAGAGCUGAUAAGAAGGAUGGAGCGAGAACCUCAAAAGCCAUGGCCAAGGGGUGAGUUUUGGGAAUUCAAGAUUAAUCGGGGUCUUUUUGGCAGCCCUAUGUUUGAUGCUGUUAUGAAUAACUCAUCUUUAGAUAAAGAGAUGGUGCAGUGGCUGAAAAAUCGGUCUAGUCCAUUCGAGGGUUCAUAUUAUCACUGACACUGAGUCACACAUUGUUUUGGAAUGAUUAUUCCAUUGAUCUAGAGCUUCUUGUGUGCAUAUGCUAUGGGAAGCGGUAAUCAUCUCAAAACAACAGUGUAUCUCUUGAGAUGUUCUUUGUACAGGUUUUGUACUUCAUAUUCCUUAUGUAGCAAUGUUACCUUGCUCCCAUACAGCUGCUUUCUUCUUGAUUUAUUGUAUUGAGGACUUCUGAAAAUUCAAAGUGGGUUGCAACUGCCUUUACAAGCCUUUCUGUAUUAUUCUUUACACUCUAGCAGAGAAAGAUUUCUCGUUUUUUAGAGAAAGCUCCUUUCCUGAUUUGUUACAGGGCAUUUGCACCUUGGAAUGACUCAGAUGUCUGAAGUGUCUAUUAAAUGGACAGCUUCACAUCUUCUAAUUCAGGUGUCAUCAAUUUUAUUUUGUUAUGAUCCAUUUGUAGAUUAAAAUUUCUUCACUUGUACA